GUACCCGUCCGCCAGGCGCUACUGUCUCGUUCGUUUUCGGUUUUUGGCUUUUAGACGGUGGGGAUGAUGCCCUUGGAACUCACGUCUUAUGCGCUUCUUGUCAUGAAAAUUGCCUUGAACCCAUUUUUGUUCCUUUACCCUCUUUUAAAAAAGGCCGAACUCCGAGCAGCUGUGUUUUUAGCCCUAGAAGAGCAAGAAAAAGUAGAGAACAAAACUCCUCUAGUCAAUGAGAGCCUGAGAAAGUUCCUGAACACGAAAGACGGCCGGCUGGUGGCGAGUCUGGUGGCCGAGUUUCUUCAGUUUUUCAACCUUGACUUCACCUUGGCCGUUUUUCAGCCUGAAACUAGCACAUUUCAAGGUCUUGCAGGCCGAGAGAAUUUAGCCCGAGAUCUAGGAAUUAUUGAAGCGGAAGGCACUGUGGGCGGACCUCUGCUUCUGGAAGUGAUCAGACGCUGUCAACAGAAGGAGAGAGGGCCCGCCGGCGGGGAGGGUGGACUGGACCUCUCCGAUGUGCGUUCUCCACCAAAGUCCCCGGAGGGCAAGGCAAGCGCCCACAGCGGCCCCAGCAAGAUACCAAGGUAUACAGGACAAGGUAAGAAGAAGACAAGCAGGCGGAAGUCUGGUGCCAAGAGGGCCGGCCACGAGGCCACCCAGAGCGACGCCAGCGUCUCCGCCUCAGACCCGAAGAGCGGAGGCGGUCUCCACCUGCCGCCCCACGAGACGAAAACCGGGUCUUUCCCAAGUAACAGAAGUCGAGAUGUCGAAGACAAAGCUGGUCUCUGUCCGGACGAAGAUGAUAUGGACGGGGACUCCUUCUUUGAUGAUCCCAUUCCUAAGCCAGAGAAAACUUACGGCUGGAGAAGCGAGCCCAGCAAGCCCGCCGGAAGCCUCGCCUCGCUCGCGGACGCGCCCCCGCUGAGCAGCGGACGCAGCGCGCUGACCGCCGCCCCCUCCGGGAAGGACUCCGAAGGUAAGAGAAGAAACACGGUGCUGAGAGAUGUGAAGGCGGUCAGCGAGAAAGUUGGAUCCCUGGGAUUAGGGAUUGGAGAAGAAGAUGAUUAUGUUGAUGAUUUUAACAGCACCAGCCAUCGCUCGGAGAAAAGCGAGCUAAGUGUUGGUGAGGAGAUCGAAGAAGACCUUUCUGUGGAAAUCGAUGACGUCAACACCAGUGAUAAACUCGAAGACCUGACUCAGGACCUGACUGUGUCGCAGCUCAGCGACGUGGCGGAUUAUCUGGAAGACGUUGCCUAGGCGUGGAAGAAGGACGUGUUCUGAUCCACACAGGACACGGGGCCCCGAUCAGUUCCGUUUCCCCUCAGACAAUCACUCGUUGCCAGAAUGUCUGCUCCCUGUCGGUGCCUUGUGUUUCAGAAAGACUGCGGAUAUUUUUAAAAAUUAACUUUUCAUUACACUAAACAAAAUGCUUCCUACUUGAGCCCCUGUGUGGAAGAGACGAUAUUCUCAAUUUGGUUUGGCUACACAUUUUUCUGUGGACAUCGAUCACAACUCAGAUUCAUUACAGGGAGUGAACCCGUGAAAAUACCGGUAUUAAGAGCAUCCCUAAAGGUGUGAAUAAAGCUAGAGAUUCACACAGCUGUGUGUGUGUGUGUGUGUGUGUGUGUGUGUGAGUGAGAGAGUGUGAGUGUGUGUGUGGCUUCAGCCACCUCGGAUCAAAGUGUAUCUGAUACCAGGCGGUUCUGUGACAGAGGUCAGGACGACCUGGUAGGUGGGGGGCCCUGAGGCCCGGUACUUCACGCUCAGUCUGGCGUGUCCGGGCGCUUUAUCGUGUACCCCUUCCCUCGGGAACACGUGUGUGUGUGCGACCAAGUUUUGCUUGUUUUGAAGGCGUCUGGAGGUGGCCCUUUUAAUCCCUGGGGCUGUCGCUGACAACACUGGUGGUCACCGCCCUGGUCCUUACAAGGAGCGUCAGUCGCAGGCUGUCUUUAGAGUCACGUACUGUUUACGAAGAUGCCUGGAAAUGUGAAAUACCGGAGUGUGUCUGGAGCCUUGAGCCGGGCUUGGAGUCCGGCUGUGCGGGCGGAUUGCAGUAGGUCCAGAUUGGACCGGAGCCGCGGCCUCUGGGGGCCCUGCGCCUGCCGAGCGCUGUCCGCCUGGUCACCGAGGCCUCCGAACUGAACAGCUGAGAGGGAGACACGUGUGACGUGAGUGAUGGCUGCGACUGGGCGUUAUGCCCUGCACUUUUUUAUUUGAAUUAAAUGAUGUUUUUUAUUAAAAGUCACCUUUAUUAAUAAAGAGUCACUUAGACCUA